AAACUUAGUUAAUAUUCAUAAGACGUCCCUUCGCCAUAGUAGGAUUCGUAAAUUCGCGCUCUGGCCACAGGUUGAAAUCCAGCUGCUUGCACGAGACCAUUGCAGCGCUACACGCACAGCACUUCCAACAUGGCUGGGAAGAUUCAGACUCUUUCUAUGGAGGAGAGGGAGCACCUCCUGCCCAUGAUGAGGAAUGCUCAGUGGGUGGAGGUGGUGGGGAGAGAUGCCAUUUACAAAGAGUUCCUCUUCAAAGACUUCAACCAGGCUUUUGGGUUCAUGUCCAGAGUAGCACUACAGGCUGAGAAAAUGGAUCAUCAUCCCGAAUGGUUUAACGUGUAUAAUAAGGUUCAAAUCACCCUCAGUACUCAUGAAUGUGGAGGACUCUCACAGCGUGACAUCACCCUCGCAACCUUCAUAGAUCAAGCCUCUGUCUUCUGAAUGGAUCCUCUCGCUUGACAGCUCGUCAAUCAACCCGUGUAGCCUGUAAAACUGGAUCAAAAAUAUUGUAAAACUUCAUGUACCAUAGUUAUCACCAUUUCAGUUUUGACUGUGUUGUCUGCCUGUUACACUUGAUCUUUUUCUUAAUAAGUAUUAAUAGUACAGUCAAGACAAAAUUCAUAUUUUAAAUCAUUUCACAUUCAUAGUACAUAAAAGUACUACAGAUCAGAGAUGAGAAUUGCAAGAACACUAAAGAGACCGGUGAAACACUAUUACAUUACUGUGUUCUAUGUCUUUUUUUAAACUAAAUGUACAGUGCCUUUAUUUGCAUUUGAUCCAACGAUGACAUAAUUAGUGCCUCAAUGAAUUGUAUUAAACUGAAUGUUUGUCAA